GGAACCUCAUCAACGGAGCGAGACUCCUGGAUGCGAACGUAGGCGAGAACCCCCGUCUCUGGGCCUCGCCUGCCGGGAGAUCUGCUUUACGGAGGGCGGGAGCGAAGAUAAACCGCCCCGAGGAACUCCGUAGAGUGCUGGAUGAGGUUGAACCCCCGCCACCCACAUACGCCGAUUUGUCGACGUUUACGCGGGAUGAGUGGCAGGAAUUCAGGCGCAACGGUGCGCGCCGCGAAUUCGUGGGGGAGGAAGCCA